AUGCUCAUUCUGAAGGUGACGUCUCUUCUGACGCAGUCAUUGGCCAAUAUCAUGAAGCCAAUCUACGCCGACCACAUUGGAAGUGUCCUACAGUUCUACUUCUUCCAGAACAUUGCAUUGGAUACAAAAAAGGCAAAAAGAAGCCCAUUCACGCACAUGACAGCCGCAGACAUCUACUCGUUGACGUAUCGGCACUCAGACACGCUUGAAGCAGCCUCAGCUGCUUUCUUGUACGAUUUGCCUUUUGGAAUUUAUUCGCUAUUUAAGACAAUUUCAUAUACCAAAAUAGACAGAAAAGAGUACGCAAUAACCUCUCUGACGAUUGUGACGCUGUUUAUGGUUGUAUAG